UAUCGGAAAAUGAAUCUUCAAGCAGUGAAGUGCUAUCAAACUCUAGGCAAUUGAGUGAACAAAGAGGAAGAGAUGAACAGACGAGGACAAGCUCAGGAUUUCCCACAAAGAUACGACAAGAAGAAUACCAAAGUGCACUAUCCACUGAUGAUGAAGAUGAAGAGGAGCAAGAAAAGUCAGACAGUCCUAAUGACCGCGUUGCUGAUAUCAAGAAUGAAAUGCUCAAGUCCAAGAUAACCACGUCUGCCUCGGUCAUGUUAACAAGACUGCCCCCAAAUUCUAGUAAGGUCAUAAAGGAAGUUACCAAAGAAACAAAUUUUAAAAUUACAAUAAGAUGCCAACCGAUAGGGUCAGCUCCUCAAUUGAACCCGACAGUGUUCAAAAUUUCAGACACACAACCGUUUGCUACAUUGAUCAAAUUUAUUAACAAAAA